GUGGCAUUCAGUCAGUCAACGAAGUCACUUCCGCCGCUCGGUUUUAUUUCAGUUGAUUUCAGUUCGAGCUCGGAGUUCGGGGCACGCGACACGAAAUUCUUUCUAAACCUUGCCAACCAACGUGGAUAAUUACGUUUUUUUUUUUUACAUUACGAAACUACAACUAAAACCAAAUCCUAAAUGGCUGCCUUGAGUUUUAGUCCAUCGCCGCCACCUCCUGCCGUCAGCGCCACGUCCAAGGACUCCACCAAGGAGAAUGCAACGGGCUUGAAGGCGACUCUAAAGCCCUUCGGCAAGAUCACCGUCCACAAUGUCCUGUCGGAGAGUGGCGCCAAUGCGUUGCAACAGCAUAUCGCCAAUCAGAAUACGAUUAUUCGAAAGAUCCGGGACUUUGGAAUGCUGGGAGCCGUACAGAGUGCCGCCAACAGUACCAACAGUAGUGCCAACAUCACGACUCAGCGAAAGCGACCGCUGGGCGAGUCCAACAAGCAGAAUCUUCAGAACCAGCAGCAGAAUCUACAAAAUGUCCAGAAUCUACAGAACAUACAAAAUCUACAGCCCAGCAAGGCCAAACGCGUUAAGAACUCAAAGAAAUCCAACCAAGAAAAGCCACCAAAGGCUGCAGUUCCCAUCAAAACGGUUCCGGUUCCCACGCCCAAGCCAAAUCCUGGCGAGGAUUUGACCAUCAAGGCGGCUGGAACCCCAGGACGCAAGGGCCUGCCCCUACCCCAAGCGGUGGCCAGAAGGAAUGCCCGGGAAAGGAAUCGCGUGAAGCAAGUCAACAAUGGCUUUGCCUUGCUGCGUCAAAAGAUCCCUGAAGAGGUGUCCGAGGCUUUCGAGGCACAAGGAGCCGGACGCGGGGCCAGCAAGAAGCUGUCCAAGGUAGAGACUCUUCGAAUGGCGGUGGAGUACAUCAGAUCCCUGGAGAAGCUGCUGGGCUUUGAUUUUCCACCGCUGGGAAAUCAAGCCAAUAGUUCCGGUUCCGGGGAUGAUAGUUUCAUGUUCAUCAAGGACGAAUUCGAGGGCUUGGAUGAGCACUUCGAUGACUCUCUGAGCAACUACGAAAUGGAGGAGCCACAAGCCGGGCUCAGUUCAGUGCCAGAACCCUCGCAGGACAUGCUGCCGAACCUAACUACCAUUAAUGGGAUGCAGUAUAUAAGGAUACCGGGGACGAACACCUAUCAGUUGCUAACGGCAGAUAUACUGAGCGAGUUGCCAGGUGCAACAUCUGCAGCAGCAACACCAACAGAAACUGGCAACUUAUCGCGAUCGCCCGUGCCACACGAUAGCAGCAACAUAAGUAACAACAGCCCCUGCUCGUCGCCUUUGGUGGAGAGCCACGUUUCACCUGCCACAAAUGAGCUGCUGUUGCAGGCGUGUGCCGCUCAGCUGCAACAGCAAUUGAUCAAGCAGGAAUACAACAACACCACCAGCAACGUCACCAACAACAAUCUUAAUAGCAAUAAUAUCCACAACAACAGCAACACCAUCAAUUCUAAUACCAAUUCCAACACUAGUUCCCCCAAUUUUCCACAACAAUCUCCCCAACAACAAAUCCUACUGCCCGCCUUCUACGACCAGGAGCCUGUUAGUUUCUACGAUAAUGUUGUUCUGCCAGGAUUUAAGAAGGAAUUCAGCGAUAUCCUACAGCAGGAUCAGGGCUCCGGAUCUGCCGCAGGCGGUGGCUGUCUCUCCGACGAGUCCAUGAUCGACGCCAUCGACUGGUGGGAUCAGCACACGCCGAAAUCGGAAGCCACAGGAGCCACCAUUUAGCCUCAAAUCUUAAUUAUUUUUUUUUAAUUAACAAAUUAAAAAUAUACUUGACUAAGUCAUUGUGUAAAUAGUUAAAGAAACUUAAGUAAAAAAUGGAAAUAAGGAGUCAUCUAGUGAUAUAAACCAAAACAACUAACCAAAAUCUUCCCCCCUUCCUCAACAAAAACUAAAACCCCUCAACAAAAACAAUUAUAAAACCAAAAAAAAAAUAUAUUCCUAAUUUUUAAACAUAAGUCAUAUUUAAGCAUAAGUUUAUUAAAGUAAAUGGCAUUUUUUUCUCUCUUUAAAAUCAAUUUUUUUUUCAUAGAUUUUAUUAAUUAAGUUAAGCAUGUUGAGAGUUGAAAU